AGAUUUAUAAACUAUUUAAGUCUUGUUCUUCUCGAGUUCCUUUUUUACUGAAUCUCGAUGGGGAAAGGAGGGGAAGAUUAUGGGAAACGUGAUGAUAGUGGAUCGAGAUCCCCUGACAAGGAGAUCUUCCCGGCGUGGGCCAAAGACGUCGACCAGUGCCUGAAGGAGUACAAGGUCGACAAGGAUGUUGGAUUGACUUCGGCUAGGGUCGCGGAGCAGCGUCAGACCUACGGCUUGAAUGAGUUGGAGGAGCAUGGGGUCCUUCCAUCUGGUCUCUCAUUCUCGAACAGUUCAACGACACCCUUGUGCGGAUUCUACUCGCCGCUGCCGUUAUUUCCUUCGUCCUCGCUUGGUACGAUGGGGAUGACGGGGCCGAGAUGGAAAUUACGGCGUUCGUCGAGCCUAUUGUGAUCUUCCUGAUCCUGAUUUUAAACGCGGC